UCGUCGCCGUCGGAGCUGGGCUGGCUGAGCCUCGCCAGCCAGGAGGAGCUGCUGCGCCUGGUGCGCCCGCCCUACUCCUACUCGGCGCUCAUCGCCAUGGCCAUCCAGAGCGCCCCCGAGCGCAAGCUGACCCUCAGCCACAUCUACCAGUACGUGGCGGAGAACUUCCCCUUCUACAAGCGCAGCAAGGCCGGCUGGCAGAACUCCAUCCGCCACAACCUCAGCCUCAACGACUGCUUCCGCAAGGUGCCCCGCGACGAGGACGACCCCGGGAAGGGCAAUUACUGGACCUUGGAUCCCAACUGUGAGAAAAUGUUUGACAACGGGAACUUCCGCCGCAAGCGCAAGAGGCGCUCCGAUCCUGGCAACGCCUCCACAGCUUCCACCGUUUCUGCUUUGGGGACUUUGAAGACUGAGGAAGGGCACACCAUCUCUGUUGCUCCAGAGAAGCCCUGUGGGGAAAGCCCCUCCUCUGAGCUGGAGCCUGUGGCCUCCAUGAGGAACCAUUCCAAGAGCACCUCUCCUCCCGUGAUUGUUUCGCCUACCCCCAGCUGCCUCAGCACCUUCUUCAGUGGCAUGAACUCCCUGAGCAAUGGAGGCCGCCUUCCCGGGAGCUUCAGCGGUGAGUUGCAUCACAGAAAUCUCUCAGCUGGGCCACUGACUGGCAGCAGUUUCUCCCAGGAAGUUCCUCCAACAGAGCAGCUGCAGCGAGUUUCCGGGCCUGCUGGGGCCUAUUACAGCCCAUUCCAUCCAGGCAAUGGUGGCCAGUCAGCCCAAUACAACCAUUUAUACAACUUCACAGUCAAUAGCCUCAUCUAUGCCCGGGAGGGCACAGAAGUGUAGCCCAUUGUUCUGAUCGCUUUGAUCCCACAAGGUAACAAGAAGGCCAGGUCUAUUACUCUUGCAUCCAGGAAAAUUGUGCCUUCAUUUUGUUUUGUUUUGAAAACUAACUCCAUGAGUUCUGGGAACAAAAAGCUUCUGAAAUAUGAUCUUUGAGGGAAAUUAUGCAACACAAUCUGGACUUGAACUAAUAUUUCUGCAUAUUGCAAAGGCCAGUCAUCACUGAGUGAUUCCAAACAUUUUCUGAACUGAAAUCUAAUGGGUUUUUUUUUAGGUUGUUUUGUUUUUAAGUGCUAGAAAAGAGAUCAUGUAUAGGAAAAUAACUGUAUUGC